AAUGUGGCGCCGCUCGAGAGCAGCGGAGCAAACGACGCCUCCUCCAGAACUUCUCCCUUUUUUUUUUAAACAAAACUCUGGAUGUCUCCGCUUCUGUCUCCGCUCCGGACUCAAACUGACGCGGCUGGAUUUUAACGCUCUCGUUGGGAAUAUCCGUUCUUCUUCCGCCUCAUGUCAGAGAAAUAGUGUCAGACUGCAGCUCACGUCCCCAUGCCCUGCCCUAUGAGUGCUGCUUGGCUUGCUGAGCCCAGAGGUCCGUCAGGUGUGUCUGUACUGGACUCCACUGCCUGCUGAGGAGGAGGAGGAGGAGGAGGAGGAGGCAGCGGGUCGUCAGAGGGCCCAGAGCCCCUGAAGCAGGCGGAGGGGCCUGUCCUGUCCCAGCCACACGAAGAUGAACAAACUGAACUUCCACAACAACAAAACCAUGCAGGACCGCCGCUGUGUCUGUGUCUUUCUUCCCAAUGAUGACACGCUCAACGUCAUAGUUAAUGUGAAGACUUUGUGCCAGGAAUUGUUGGUGCAGGUGUGCGACCUCCUGAGACUGAAGGACUGUCACCUGUUUGGUCUCAGCGUUAUUCAGAAUAAUGAACAUAUCUAUAUGGAGCUGGAUCAGAAACUGUCCAAAUACUGUCCCAAAGAAUGGAAGAGAGAAGCCAGCAAGGGUAUCGACCAGUUUGGUCCUCCAAUGAUCAUUCACUUCAGAGCUCAGUAUUACGUGGAGAAUGGGAGAUUGAUCAGUGACCGAGCAGCCAGGUACUACUACUACUGGCACCUGAGGAAACAGGUGCUGCUCUCUCAGUGUAUCCAAAGGGAGGAGGCCUACUUCCUGCUGGCGGCCUUCGCCCUGCAGGCCGACCUCGGCAACUUCAAACGCAACAAGCACUUUGGGAAAUACUUUGAACCUGAAGCCUACUUCCCCCCGUGGGUGAUAGCCAAGCGCGGCCGCGAGUACAUCCUGAGACACAUCCCCAACAUGCACAAAGACCAGUUCGCUCUCACGGCUUCAGAGGCGCACCUCAAAUACAUUAAGGAGUGUGCUCAGCUUGAUGACGUCACUGUCCACUACUACAGACUCUACAAGGACAAGAAAGAAGUGGAGGCAUCUCUUACAUUGGGACUGACUUUACGUGGGAUUCAAAUAUUCCAGAACGUUGGCUCUGUGAGGCAGCUGUUGUACGACUUCCCCUGGACCAAUGUGGGAAAACUGGUAUUUGUGGGGAAGAAGUUUGAGAUCCUUCCUGACGGCCUCCCCUCGGCCAGGAAACUCAUCUACUACACCGGUUGUCCGAUCCGCUCUCGCCACCUCCUUCAGCUGCUCAGCAACAGCCACCGGCUCUACAUGAACCUGCAACCUGUUCUCAAACAGGUCCGGCGACUGGAGGAGAACGAAGAGAAGAAGCAGUACCGGGAGUCGUACAUCAGCGACGCUCUCGACCUGGACAUGGACCACCUGGACAAACGUUCCCGGGCCAGCGGCAGCAGCGUGGGGAGCAUGUCUCAUCACAAACGCCUGUCUCGCCACUCCACAACCAGCCACGGGAGCUCGCACACCUCCGGCAUUGAAACGGACAGCUUCAGGGCCCCGGGUCAGGCCCCACACAGGCCCCUACGGACCUGCAGCUCGUCCACAACCAGCCACGGGAGCUCACACACCUCCGGCAUAGAGAGCAGCGGCAAGGAGCGCAUACUGGAUGAUGACGAGAUCGAGAUGCUGGUGGACGACCCCAAAGAUUAUGAGGAGCUACAUGAGAUGGCUCUGGACCAGGAGCUGUGCAUCCACAUCACAGAGGACAUGUUGACGAUGUCUCCUGAUCAGACCAACGGAUACUCAGGACUGAUCGUGAAAGACGUCAGCUCCUCCACCUCCAGUUCCUCCGAGACCGUCGUCAAGAUGCGAGGACAGAGCAUCGAGUCUCUGCCGCAGACAUCUGCAUGCAGGAAGCCCGACUCUUCGACCGACCGCCACAGCCAGUCUCUGGAUGACGUCCGGCUCUACCAGAAGGACUGCCUGCAGUGGGCGGAGCUCUGCCAGGACACCGCCCACAGCUACACAUUCGGCUGCGCCCAGGAGCUGAGCGACAGCAGCGGCUACCAGGGUCUGGCCGAUCAGCGCGCCGGCAUGCUCGGCGACCAGCACCCGUUCCCCAUCAAGAGAACCAACAAGUACUUCUCCCUGGACCUGACCAGCGAAGAGGUCCCAGAGUUUGUGGUGUGACGGAGACGAGGCGACCUCAGGGUGGCCUUUCUGCUCCUCUGUGUCACAUGUGGAGAUAUUUCCGCCCUCAGGGAACGAGACAGGAGUGUCGGAGAAGUGGUUUCUAUUCUUGGCAAGGAACAGAAGAGAUGAGUAAACUGGCAACAAGUCGGCUGCAUCUUCAGUCACCACUUCACACGCGUACCACAAGAUAAAUGAACUAAUGUGGAGGAUUAUGACUGAAAUGGUCAUUUUAUGAACGAACACUGGCUCAAGAGAACCUGUGUCUUCAAAACCUGCUCCUCCUGCGUGAAAGGAAACAAAAGGGAUCAUUUCAUCUUCUUAAAAAAAACAUUUUUAUUCAGAUCUGUCUCCUACAAACUGGUUUUAAAACGACGUGUGCAUGCAGGUAGAGCCACAGCAGACACACACACACACACACACACACGAUGAGCAUAUCAAGGAUUUCUGUGGAGGACAGAAAAUCACUCUGAGCUACGAACCAAAGACAAGAACUGAUGUGUUCCUGCGUCCGCGUCAUUCUCAAAGUGUGACACGAACAUCUGAGGGAGGAUUGGACCCAUAAUCCUUUUACUCUUCUUCUAUGCCACUUCAUUUUACCUCAGCAGGAAGUGCGGUGUGCCAACGCUCCCCCGUCUCCUCUCAGACUGGAUCCUUAAUCAUGUGAAGACACACUCGACGUGCCUUCAUCACACUAUGCAGUUUGCCUUGACAAUCACGCCCCCCCCCACCCCCCCUUCAUUUUUAAACAUCCAAGCCAUCAGAUUUCAAAGCUCUACUUCAACUCAACACAUCGCUGAACGCACCUCAUCGGCAGAUGAGGCUCGUUUUUCAGCUUCUUAAAUCACAAAAAGGUCAAACUGUUUCUCGUCCUGUGAAAUCCGACUUGAGUUUCCUUGGAGGAAUGAGGUCGAGUUCGUUCCUGCUUGUCCAGACUCGAGUCGAGUUCUGGGCCUCAGACGCUUCUCUGUAAUCUAGACUCAAGAUGGAGGCCGGGCUGGACGCCAGCCAAAACAAGCAGUACAGUUUUGAUGCAUGCGUUAUUUGUCUUUCUUUGACUCCUUGUUACUUUUGUGUCGUCUCAUCAUUUUAAACUGGAAUUUAUUGCAUUGUUUCCUGUUGUUUUACCUGAAAUCUCUUUACGUGUUGUGUUGUUGUUAAAAUCGUCCAGACUGUCAUACAGUAUUACAUUCAAAUAUAUGCGACAGUAUUAAGAGGUUUGUUGCUCCGAACAAGAAAGACUGGUUUCAUUAAUAAGAUGUGAGAGGACUGAGGCCUGUGGUAGCUGACAGGUCGCGUUACAAGCUCUUAUUACGCGUAAAUUACAUCUCAACGAUUCAGUCCGCUACAGCUGGUGUGAGUGAGGACAGGAGGUUGGUUUUGUUUUUACUCGUAAAUCAUUCAACUCAAACUCAAAGUGCCGCAGUUAUAGCUUUAAAAUACAGCCAUAAUGUUUUUAUUUUGAGUCCUCUGGGGUGAAAACACUAAAGAUUUAUUUAAAAUGCACGGUAACCUUUUAUCACGACAACAGAAAAAAAAACUUAAAAAUAAUGAACUUUUAAAAUAAGUGUUGAUUUAAAAUAUUUAAAAACAAUAAUUGGAAAAAGACCAGAUUCUGCUGAUAAGGGAACAUUUAUUUACUUUCCUUGUGAAGAUGGUUAACAGGAGGGCUGGGCGAUAGGGCCAAAAAUGAUGUCAAAAUAAAAAUGUCCAUAUCAAUGAAUGUUGAUGAUCAUCAUGGUAAUUGUCUUAUUAUUAUAAUUUCUUUAUUUUUGUAUAGAUCUUUGCUCCUGAGCGAAGGCUGUAGUUUUAAACUUGAUGAACAACAUCACUGUGUUUACACAAAGCGUUGGAAAUAUAUCAAUAUUUAUUUUACUCUUGCCAUAUUGCCAUUGAUUUUUUUUUAUUUUCAUUGAUGUUGUUUUACUGUUUAUCGCCCAGCCCUACUGUACAACCUUGUUAGCCGUGGAGAGAGCCAGGCUAGUUGUUUCCCUCUAUUUCCAGUCUUUAUGCUAAGCUAAUCUAAGCAAAUAUCUGCUUGUGGUACAUCAGCUUCAUAUUCACUGUAGAGACGUGAGAGUGGGGUCAAUCCUGUAAUCCAACUGUAUUUCAUGAAAUGUCAAAACUAUUUCUGCAAAUGUUUAGUGUUCACUCUGCCACAUGUCAUGGGCAGAUUAAAAUCCAGCAAACAACAAACAUCAGAUGUGAAAAAUGUACAGUCGAGCCUCCGCUACUUAAAUUCAUGUUGCUGAACUGUGACGUGUACGUUCGUAGCUGAAAGUUUCCAAAGUCAUAUUUAAUUUUUCCUGAGUCGGCAAUACAGCAUCUGAACAAGGUUUUUUUUUUUUUAAAAACGUCUCUGUAUGACAUAACUCAUGAAUUUGAUACUGCUAUGUAAUUAAAAAACAACUAUAUUUCUUACAGUUUGUUUCUUUCACUGUUUUGAACUUAUACGUAUUUCUACUCAUUAAUGGAAAAUGUCUUAAGUCAUAUUUUGAUGGACAAUGAUGUUUCUUAUAUUCAAACAGUAUGUGUGUUGAGGUACAUAGCCAUACAGUCAUAACCCACCACCUUAAAGUCUUCAUGAUUUGUUCUGACUUCUCUCUCUGACUUCGAUAUAUGGUCGUACUUACGCGUUGUAAGAGGCUGUAUGUGUGUGUCCAUCGUCCUUUCUGUGAAAGGAUCUCCCUUCAGGAAAAAAUGUUUUUUUUUGUCACCUUGUAGUUUGAAAAAAAAUAAUGAUUUGUUAUCAUGAAGUCUGGUCCGUGCCUUCCUGGUACUAACGCCCUCAAUAUCCAAUAAAAAGGUACAUUUAUCU